AUGCGUCGUUCGCUUCUGCUCCUGUUCGCGGGCGCGCCGCUGGCCUACGCGCCAGCCGCGCUGCAAGGCAAGGAGCUUUACGAGGCGCUCUAUGCGACCGGCUGGGGCAAGGACACGCGCGUAAGCCAGGGCGCGAAGUUGCUGCACACCAUCAGGAAUAUGAGACGGCAAGGUGCCGCCAUCGAUUCGGUGCUGGACGUGGGCUGCUCGCACGGCAAUGUGGUCGCGGAGCUUUGGCAGUCGGGCAUCGUGGCGUCUGGCGUGGACAUUGCCCGUGGGGCCGCCGACUUGGCAACCUCGCUGCACAAGCCGCCACACGGCCGCGCGAGCUGCAACGGCGAGGGCAGGCCGUGCUUCCAGGCGGCCAGCGCCACAAGCCUGCCCUUUCGCGAUGGCGCAUUCGAUGCGAUUGCGAGCUCUGACGUCCUCGAGCACGUGGAUCCGUCCGAUGUGCGUGCGGCGACGGCCGAGUUUGCCCGCGUGGCGCGAAACUUUCUCGUCCUCAAGAUUGCCAACCGUCCCGAAGGCAGCACGCUCUCGGGCUCGCGCGCGGGCGUCGGCAAAUUUCAGGGGCGCACGUUUAAGGACGCGUUGCAUCAGCAGGGCUACGCGGACCGAUUACCGACGCAGCUGCACACGACCGUCAAGGGUAACGAGUUCUGGCACGAGGAAUUCAGGCGGGUGGGCUUUGCGCUGAAUCGGACAAUACCCGAUGCUUCGUGGGCAUGCUGCGCCUACGUGCUCCACCGCAUCGAGCCGUAUCGUCCGUCGAAAGAGUGA